GGUACAGUAGGUGGCAGUAUGCACAUUGUAAGUAACGUUGCAACCCGCAUUAAAACCGGAAAAAGAUGAUCGCUUUUGAAAUGAUAACAAACCCUACUGGCCUUUUGGCUGUUUUAUUAACCAUAUAAUUGAUACAUAAUGCUGAAUGUAUUUUAAAAUCAACGAAAUUCGCCAUUGUGACAGAGUCGUGAAUAAGCAACAAUGAAGCGGAAAGCUAAAAGCUGAAUUCAUCAAACCUGGGCUGGUUGUUACAGCUGGGGACAUGCUGGGACAUGCUUGGCUUUUUAAUGUGAGACAAAGUGCAGCGUCAUGGAUGACUCGGACCAGGAUUUUGUAGCUCUCUGUUCAAAGCUGCUAAAACGAGUCCGCAAGAAACCAACUGAGUCCAGACAGGCGCGGAAAGCAGAGAAUCAGCCCUCCAGUCAGGCAAGCGAUGGAGACAGAAGAAAAAACAAAAGAACUGCAUACGCUGGGUCUGCGUGUGCUGGGACCCAGCCUGUUUGUACUGGCGCAGAUGCAGAUGAUCGUGUGGUCUGUGGAGGGACAGGACAUGAUUCAGGAGAUGCCGAGUCGUCCGCUACGCCAGCAGCAGCAGGACCGAGUGUGGAGAGGGGUUUGGCGGCGAAAGACAAAGUACUGCACAGGAUGCAGCAGUUCAAGAGAGCCAGUCCACAGAGAAUGGUGCACAAGGACAAGAGCAGGACAACAAGGCAUGAGAACGACUGUGUCCCUCCUCCGCCUCUGACACACAGACAAGAUUCUUUCAGCCCAGAUUUCCACCCUGAGUCCCUGGACAGCGAUGAAGCUCUGGCCCUGCGGCUGCAGCAGGAGCUGGACAGGGAGGCUGCAGAAGCCCAGACAGUGGACCUGGAGGAUGGAGGCCUCUUCUUCUGUCAGAUCUGCCACAGAGAUCUGUCACAUAUGACACCUGAGGGGCGAACACAGCAUCUCAACAGGUGUUUGGAUGAGAGUGCCCCAGCCCCAGCCCCAGCCCCCCCUCCUGUCCCUCCUGGUGUGCCUGACUGUCCCAUCUGUGGCAAGAAUUUCAAGUCACAGAAGAGUCGCUUGGCCCACCUGAAGCGCUGUUCCACAGACAUGGGUGUCGCUCCGGCUGUGCUGCUGCAGGCUCUGCAGAGACAGACUGAGGAGACCCACAACGUCCCCACUGCUAACACACUCACACAGACUGGUGGCACUAAAAGAAAAUGCCCAUCCAAGCCUGGGCUACCAGUGAGGAAGAAGCCCAGGAAGAAGACUGCACCCCUGGACGAAGACACCAUGGUGGCCUUGGCUCUGUCCUCCUCCCUGUUGGAACAGGAGCAGCAGAGCAAAAGGGAGUCAGAGAGGCACUCACAAACAAAGACGGCUGCUUCUCACAUCUCCAUGAAUUCAGCGUUGAAGUGGAAGCCUGACACGGGGAAGCAGCGUGGAAAGAGGAAAAAGGGUGCCAUCCCUCGUCCUCCUCCGCUCCUCCUUGUUCAGGAUGCUGAGGUGGCUCUGGCGAGACUGCAGGAACGCGUUUCUGCUCUCCUCCUAUACAGUCGGCCCCCCUCUCCCCCCACCCCGACCCGCUGCCCCAGCUGUCUGCCCGGCUGGAGCGGUGCUGCCCCCCUCUGGCAAAAGAGCACACUACAGGACCAAGCCUCCACCUGUCUGUCUGAUUUCUACACUCCAGAGCUCAGAGAGUUCAUCACGCCUUGGGAAUCAGCAACAACGGAUGCAGCCACGUCCAGCACCAUCAACAAGCCUGCGUCUUCCGUCCAGCCUGUGAGUGAAGGAACUUCUGUCCCAGGGACCAGGGCCUCAAUGCUGCCCUCCUCCUCUCAGACGGCCCCCUCCACCCCGGGGACCGGGCAGCUCCUGAUGGACCUGAUGGAGCUGGCUGAAGACAGUGUGACCCUCACCCAGUUUGGUCACGUUGCUUCGGGCCCUGACAAAGACGAGCGUGGCCGUCAGAUCACAAACAUUCGUCUGAGCGGCUUCAUGGUGGAGGAGUCGGAGGAGCAGGCUGUCCUGCCAGAAACGACACAUUCAGAGGCGGCGAGGAUGCUGGAUCAGCCGGUGGCAGACAAAGAGCGAAGUAGCCUCCGAUCAGUGGCACUAACCAGACUGGCAGCAGAGCUGAGCAGCAUGGUGAACAACGCUCAGCUCAGUGACCUGCAGCUCCAGGUGGACAGUGGAGAGAUCUACUUUGCUCAUUCCUUCAUGGUGUAUGCUCGAUGCCCCCUGCUGGCAGAAAUGGUUCAUGAAAGUGGUUUUGGGGUGCGGGAGGCAGGCGCGCCUGCAGCCCAGAGGGUGCUGAUGAAUGACGUCCCGGGACAGGCGGUGUUCGCUUUACUGCAGUAUCUCUACACAGCUGGCUGCUCCAUCCCCGCAUCACUUCGACCUCAUGUACUGGAGCUCGCGUCCAGGUUUGACUUACAGGAGCUACAACAGCUUUGCCGGGACGAUGCAGCGACUCGGGGAGACGAGGAUGAUUACACAAACCAGGAGGAGAACAUGGACAAGCAAACACAGCAGGCCCUCACGGAGCUGCUUCGCUCCAUGUGGGACGAAGAGGACGAAGACGGUGAGGGCGUGGACACCAAUGGAGGAAGGGACGAAGAGGGAGAAUUGGAAGGCGAUCAUCAAGCCGCAGGUGACGGGGAGAUCCGCGAGGAGAAAGUGAACGAGGAAGAGCUGGAGGAGAUCUAUGAGUUUGCCGCCACGCAGAGAAAGAGAGAAGAAGAGGAGGAGGAGGAAGAAGACAGCAAGGAGGAGGGGGAGAAGGUAGACAGGGAUGAAGAAGUGUUCACAAAACCCAAAAGAAGCUCAACAGGCUUCAGUGUCAAAAACCUGCAGCCGGACCCCAGCCUGGACCGCAGCUACACUCGCCUCUUCUCCGACUCCUGGGGGGUCUAUGAGGAAGAAGAUCCUUCCUCUUUACCUUCACACACCCCUCAAUCCCAACACCACCAGUCCCCUGAUAAACGCGCGUAUAAACUGUCCGGCAGAACUUUGCUUCAUUCCUCAGCAAGCGUAGUUGACGAGCUUUCUUUCAGCCCUCCACCCAGUCCAUCCAACCUCCCUCUCCCGGGUCAGUCCCCUGGUCGGCUGGGUGACUGGGGCGGCGGUGGAGACAAGGGAACAGAUGGUCUGGCUUUGAAGCGAGACAGCCAAGGACCUCGACAUACUUGUGUCCCUCUUUCUCCCGAAUCGCCUCGGGAAAAGAAGGAACCCGAGCUCAUAGUUUUGUCCGACUCAAGCGAGGAGGUAGUUCCUCGUUCUCGCAGUCCUUCGCCACAUUCCCAUUCUCGUGCCGUCCAGAAACGGCAGAGCUACACCCAGGUCAAACCUCAGCCAAUCCCGAAACCUACUGAACCCACUCUGGAGAAUAAACAGUCCCGUAGCUCAGAGUUGAGUCCUGAUGAUCCAUCUGCAGUGCCGGUUCACAGUCUUCAGGGUCCCUGGUGUGAGCAGGAUCCAGCAGACUGUUCUCCAGAAGUGUCCUGGCUGAUCCCAUCCACACCGCUCCAGCCCGCGAGAAGCACCAUGACAACCAGCUCUACUCAGACUAAAAGCAGCAUGUGCAGGACACAGCUGUUCCCUAAAGGGCGUACUUCCUCACCGUCGCACUCUGUUUUCUCUUCUCCUGCUUUACCGUUGAACAACAGACUGCAGACAUCCAACAGUCCAGCCAGAGUUCCUGUAGAGGACAGUGUCCCCAAGUUAAAGCUGGAAACAAGUAGUUGUGAUGUCCAGAGUAGAGGGAGAGGAGUUUCUACUUUCUCCUCGUGCCAACCUAACGUCUCAAAGCAGGAUACACAUGUCCACAUGCAGCCCCAUCCUCACAGCAGCACUCCUCUGCACACAGAGCUCCACAAGGCUCCCGUUCUGCCUGCCACCUCCCCGCUCCACAGCAACCUCUAUAAGAGCUGGACAAGUCCAGGAAGGGAUAAGGCGCCAUUUCAAAGCCCAGAGAAGACCGAGUUCGGGAGCUUUUAUCUUUCCCCCAUGUCUGAACCUUCUGAUCCACCCUCGUCUUCUUCUCACAAAGGUCUUCAAAGUUCACAGAGGCUCAGCGUGUCCUCCAGUCCCAACACAGGGCCUGAGCUCAAGAGAAGGGGAAUGAGAAAUGAGAAGGUUGGAGAGGUUGAGUGCGAAAAUAAAGAUGUGGCUGAUGAAGGAGGGAGGGAUAAAGGGGAGGUUGCUGAAUCCAGUUUCCAGCAAAGCUUCAUGGCCAUGGACGAGCCUCCCAUAGCUUUCAACGACUCGUGGGGUUUUGACGGCUGUGUAGACAUGGAGGCGAACCCAGGCUGCUUCAGCCUGAGGCUGGAGGACAGCCGUGUGUCCAGCCAGCACGGCGAGUGCAGCCUGGGACACGGAGAUCCUGCCAAUUCAUCCUCUUCUACCGGCCGCCAACCUUCCUCAUCCCCAUCCCGUCCCAGUGUCCGUUUAUUGAACAGCCAUGGCGCUGUGACGGUCUCUUCUCCAUCCAAAGGCCACAGUACAACACCCCCCACCAGUGUACAGGCUCUUACGGGCCCCUCCUUUCCCCCUCCACCACCUGACCCCCCCACCCCCACCACACCAGAGAGGAUCCACAGCCUCCUGGACUCCAAAAUAUGGGACAGCUGGGAGGAAGAAGAGGAGGAGGAGGCUCUUCCUCUCUCUCAGAGGAUGAACCCUGCCACCCAGCUCAAAACACCAGAAUCAUCACACAAUAAAAGGCGUCGUACCUUGCAGGCCAUCACCCCGCUGCCCCACUACUCUGACAUGGACACACCGGAGCUCAAGAACAAGCUCACCAGGUUUGGUGUUCGGCCUUUACCGAAGCGCCAGAUGAUCCUCAAACUGAAGGAGAUUCACCAGUACACACACCAGCUGGUCAGCUCUGACUCUGAGGGCGAGGCACCCCCGGCGGGCCACACAGAUCGGACGAAGCACCCGCACACCGGUUCAGAGGUUCCUGGCAACAGGCCGGCCUCCUGCGCCCAGAGAGUGACUUUUAAAGAGCCCAGAGCGCCCACUGCCGUCUCCCCUCUGAAACCCCACAGAGAGGAGGAGGCUGAGCCGCCGUCGGCCUCGCAGGGCUCCAACACCUCUUCGACUGCUGCCAGUGAAGAAUCUGAAAGGUCCAACCCAGAGCUGUGCCUCUCCUCCGACUCAGACAGUGAUGGCGGCAUCUCUGCCUCCCAGGCAGUGAACCGCCUCCAGGAUCGCCUCCGGGCGGUGCGCUCCUUCAUCCUGUCUGACUCCCAACUGUACAGUCAGAUCCUCCAGUACCAGCCGCUGGUCUUGUCCCAGCUCCAGGAGAGACUCAAAGCAGCAGGGAUCCGCCUGGGUGCCGCCAAGCUGGUGGACUACCUGGACUCUCAGUGCAUCACCUUCACCACGGCCAAACAAGGCCAAUCGGCACCCAGCCGCAGGCGGGGCAAGAGGACAGCUAAGGGGGCAAAAGCAGCAGGGGACAGAGGAGUGGGCAGGAAAAGAGCUGUUACAGCCAUGAUUUAAAAGAAAAGGUUUACGUAAAAACUGGGAUGAAAGGUGGCAGGUCUUUGUCAGAAGAGGCCAGUAGAACAUUUGUGGUUGUUCUUGGACAGCUGCCACUCGAGUAGACUUUAGAACAUUCUGAACUACGUAUAAGACAAAUUUUUCUUCAGGACAGGUUCUGUAAUUUUACCGUUUUAAAUGUUGCAUUAUAGCCUUCUGUGAAAAUAAAAAAGGUACAUGUUG